AUGGAGAAAGAGAGUAAAGCCUCGACCUUGAAGUCGGAUCAGAAGGUUAUUGUUCUCCGUUCGGUAGCUCAGUACUUGGAGCGAUGUGGGUUUUCUAAAUGCUUCAAGAAACUGCUCUCCGAAGCUGAAAUCGAGAAGAAGGAAUUGGAUAGUAGCUUACCGGAUCUUGAUGAAGUUUUCUGCCAGUUUUUUCACAAGAGCUAUGUUGAAGCUGUGGAGGUUAAAGAAUCUGGUGAUGAUAAUGAGGAUGGGAAGAAGAAAGCAGCAAGUGUAGAUGAGAAUGGAUCUGAUGAUCACGAAAAGGACGAGAAGGCUAAGAAGGAGAAGAAGAAGAAGAAAAAGAAGGAACCAGAGAGACGGACUGAAAGAGAAAAAGAAGAAGAAGAAAACAAAACCAAGUCAAAGUCUAGGCCUAGCGAGGCUGAUGAGGAUGAUAAGGAGAAAUCCUCCAAGAAAAGGAAAAGAUCAGAGCCUGAAGAGACAAAAGAACAGACUGAGGAGGAGGAUGAUGAGGAAUCAAAACGUAGGAAGAAGGAUGAGAGUGUAGUAGAUGAAACACCUGUUAAGAAGCAGGCUGCUGAUGUUCAGGAAAACGGUAACGUUGAGAAGAGCGAAAAGAAAUCAGGAAAAGGGCUUUCUAACUCAAAAGUGCCGAAGAAACCGUUUCAGAGAGUGAACGUUGAAGAGAUUGUCUUCACUGACGAGAGGCUUAAAGACAACUCUUAUUGGGCAAAGGAUGGUGCUGAUUCGGGUUAUGGUGCUAAAGCUCAAGAGGUUCUAGGACAAGUCAGAGGAAGGGGUUUCCGACAUGAGAAGACGAAGAAGAAACGAGGAAGCUACAGAGGAGGAGAGAUCGAUGUUCGGUCACAUUCAGUUAAGUUUGAGUACUCAGACGAUGAAUGAUGAUCAUUGACAAGCAACACACUGGUCUUUUAUCUUUGUUUCCUUUGCUUCAUUUUUAAAAAUUAUCAGUUUUGCUUUGCUUAUUUCAAAAUGUAAAACUAUUCGGAUCUAAUUAACCCCGAAACAGGGCUCAAGUUUUGUCUGUGUUGAUUGUCUCAUUUGAAACUUGUAAGAACAUGAAUCUGUUUCAGUUUCUUGUCACUGCACUUUGAGAGAGAGCAGCUAACUUGCUUCA